AUGUCCAUGGGGGAUCCUCUUGCUGAAGUGGCCACCAAGUUACUAGUGGAGGGGACUCCCUUCCCGGGAGAUGACCUCGCAAAUCAAGACACCUACGACCUGGGACGAUUCUCAGUUUAUCGAGUGUCUAAGCAUGAGCAUGCUAUUGUGGAUCAUCUUCGAUGGCUUGAUGACGACGUGAUGGUUCCCUCGUCCUACUUGAUGGACACCAAGUUCUGCCUGGCGGACUGGUAUUCGGACCAGAAGGGACCUAUUGGGGGAUACCAACUCCAUGAGUGCGAAGAAUUCCAUACAUCAGUACCUAUGGGUGAUGCAAUCGGAGACCGAGUCGAAGAAAUCCUUGACAUGGGAAGGCCCUAUGAACGAGAUGUGAUACUGGACCGAGAACCCCGGGAAAGCCGGUUUGUCUGGCUCGAGAUCCAAAGUAACCUUUGGAACUAA